AUGGACGGCGAUGGUCAAGGUACUGCCGCACCAAAGCCGCUGGCCAGCAUUGUCCGGCUGCUCAAACGACUCCAGCCGGCGCUGGCUGCGAACACAGGACAGCCCCAUCCGGCCAACAACUCGCCAGGGGGCUUCGCCAUCAACUGGCAGAGCCUGCUCAACUACAUCGAGCCUCACUUGUACGGGUACACUCCCAUGUACAAGGCCCCGAGAACCAUCCAGCCCAUCUUCCGCAGCCAGACAUACGGCUCCAAAACGAAGGCCUGGACGGCCCACGAGGACAAGGCCGUCAGCGGACUCCUCGGGGACCUGCCGCAGUCUUUCCGCGCCCUCCCCGUCGCCUGUCCGCACUGCCGCAACACUGCGCCGGCCAGCGACUACGGCGGCGCCUGGUACGAGGCUCGCUGCGGUUCCCGCGCGCGCACGUUCAAGCCCACCGUGCGAGCUCUGGUGCGGAGUUUGUACGGCUCUGGGAAUUAUGACCAGCCGCUCUUUUUGUAUUAG